GUAUGUGAUUGAGGCACUUUCAAAACCACCUAAAAUCCAAAAAAUGGAGGAAGAAGGGAAAGGAAUUGAAGGGAGUGGAAAAAUGAGGAAAAGUCCACAAGACAAAACCAGUACACUUUUUUGCUUGGCUUCUAGGAAGGGACAUAAAGAAAGUUUGGACAUAAGCAUUGAUGAGCUUCACCAAAUGAAUCCCAACAAUGUUUCUGCUUGGAAUAUGAAGAGGCUAAUGAAUAUAAUUCAGCAUGGUCGACUUUCUACCUUGGACAAGCAAAUAAAAGAUAGCAAGUCAACUGAAAUUAAAACUGAAAACGAGGCGAAAAACACAGCAAAAAGGAUAUUUGAAAAUGUUUCUAAGCCUAGAUCUGGGCACAUUGACUUAGAGGACAUCAAGAGAUUCAUGGGAGAAUAUAAGGCCCAGAAGACUAUGAGUCUCUUUGAAAAAGGAUCUGAAAGCAAGGGAAUUAGCAAAUCAGCAAUAGAGAAUUGGGUGGUUAAGGCUUUCGAAGAAUGGAGGGCUCUUUCCUGGACACUAAAUGAUAUUGAGACAGUUGUUGAAACACUUCACUGGGUGGUAAAUGUCUUUGUCAUUAUCAUCAUAGUUGUCGUAAGUCUCCUUAUACUAGGAAUAAUAACCGAGAAAGUCCUUCUCAUGGUUGGCGCCCAAGUUCUUUUGCUUGCUUUCAAAUUUGGAGACACUUUGUUCUUCAUAUUUAUAACACAUCCAUAUGAUGUUGGUGACCGUUGUCAAAUUGAUGACAAUCAAAUGGUAGUGGAAGAGAUUGGCAUCUUGAACACUAUUUUCUUGGGACAUCACAACGAGAAGAUCAUAAUCCCAAAUAGUGCCCUUGCUAGUAAAACCAUCCAUAACUUUUAUUUAAGCCCUGACAUGGGAGAUGAAAUUGAGUUUUGUGUUCCCAUAGCUACUCCAGAGGAAAAGAUUAAAUUGAUGAAACAAAAGAUACUAAGGUAAGUUUGCCUACUUUCUUUUGCUUGCUUGCAUGUGGGUUUGUGGGCACUCGUGCAGCAUCACCAACAAGCUCCUUGCUCUCCAAAUGCCAUAUAAGGUAGCAGCAAUCCUGAUUUUACACUUCCACUUCCAUGGCCUCUUUUACAAAUUUUCAAAAUCACAUCCAUCUAUUCGUUUCAACUGAAGAGUACAGAACUCAAAUGUAUAAUUGACUGGAAUUAGUAUCAAAAUCACACAUGAAGAGUGCCAACUUCCCUCCAUUUCAAAAACUCAUCCUUCUGUGUUUUUUCUUUGGUCUUCAUCAUGAAGGCUAAUGAAGGUUGUUCAAAGCC